CGGGCGCGUGACCGCGGGUGGCUCAGGGAAACGGGGCCCAGGCAGCAUCCGAGAGGAGGUAGGCGGCGAGGACCGGCGCGCCAUGGACACCGUCCACCUCCUGCUGCUUGUGGCCGCCCUGCUCCUGGCGUCCCCGGGGACUGCUGUGGACGCCAGAGCCUGGACGGAGGAAAAGAAUUAUCACCAACCAGCCAUUUUGAAUUCAUCAGUUCUCCGGCAAGUUGCAGAAGGCACCGAUAUUAAUGGAAUGUGGCAAAAUGACCUUCGACCCCUGCUGAUAGAGCGGUACCCAGGAUCCCGGGGAAGCUAUGCUGCCCGCCAGCACAUCAUGAAUCGAAUCCAGAGACUUCAAGCUGACUGGGUCUUGGAAAUAGACACCUUAGUAAGUCAGACGCCCUAUGGAUACCGAUCAUUCUCAAAUAUCAUCAGCACCCUCAACCCCACCGCUAAACGACACCUGGUCCUCGCCUGCCACUAUGACUCCAAAUAUUUUGCCCACUGGAACAACAGGGUGUUUGUGGGGGCCACCGAUUCAGCUGUGCCGUGUGCAAUGCUACUGGAGCUUGCUCGAGCCCUGGACAAACAACUCCUUUCCCUGAAGAAUGUUUCAGACGCCAAGUCAGAUCUCUCACUUCAGCUUAUUUUCUUUGAUGGAGAAGAAGCCUUCCUUCACUGGUCUCCUUGGGAUUCCCUGUAUGGGUCCCGGCACUUAGCUUCCAAGAUGGCCUCGACCCCACAUCCUCCUGGAGCAACGGGCACGAACCAACUGCAUGGCGUGGAUUUGCUGAUGCUAUUGGACUUAAUUGGAACUGCAAACCCAACAUUUCCCAAUUAUUUCCAACAUACUGCCAGAUGGUUUAAUAGACUUGAAGCCAUUGAACACGAACUCCAUGAGUUGAAUUUGCUCAGGGAUCACUCUUGGGAGAGGCGGUAUUUUCAGAGUCAUUUAGAUUGCCCCGCUGAGGUUCAAGAUGACCACACUCCAUUUUUAAGAAAAGGUGUUCCGAUUCUGCAUCUGAUACCGUCUCCUUUCCCUGAAGUCUGGCACACCAUGGAUGACAAUGAAGAAAAUUUGGAUCCACCAACCAUCGACAAUCUGAACAAAAUCCUACAAAUCUUUGUGUUGGAAUAUCUUCAUUUGUAACCAUCUGGCUUUGUUUAUGGUAAUCACUUCUAACCCUGUGUUUGAAAAUCAAGUACUACUUACAAUCAUCUGGUCCCAGUUAAAUGCUGUGUGGGAAAUUCUGUCCUAUACACUCAAUCUUUAGGUAACUUUGAAUAUUUGCUCAAUAAAUCUUAGAAUUAUAUCGUG